UAUGCCGCUUAUGUGAAACACUAAUAUUUCAGUUGUCAGUUUUACAAAUAACGGAUCGCUCAGGUUGGCUACAGGUGUCAUAAAAUGUCAUAUAUUAUCAAUUUCUUUUUGAUGGAUUAAAAUAACCUAAUGUUGACGUAAUUUAUAGAGAAUAUACAAUGGUAGAAUUAAAACCAGACUGCAGUUUGAAUAAGAAAGGGGUCCAUGAUAAUACCGGCUUUAACUUGUUCUAGCAACUAGACUAAAACAAAACAAAAACAACAGUGUUUCAUUAUCAAUGUGACAAUUAUUGUAACUGUGUUAAAAUCAAUACGAUGAUGUCUUGGAAUAAAAUCACAUCAACGUCAUCUGCAAUGCGCUUAUGGAUAAAACUGAUAAUAUUAUGUUGCACGUUGUGCUCGUGUAAUUGUAAAGUGUUCCGUAUAGCAUGGAUUGCGCCGGAUCAAACUUCGGGAGAAGAAAUAAACAGUUAUACCAGCGUUGCUGCCUUAAAGUUAGCGUUGGCGACAGUGGUCACAAAUCCAAUGAUUCUUAAAGGACACAGCAUUGAGGUAGAAUUUUUUCCUACAGACUGUUCCUUGCAGACGACAAUGCAGGCUGCCUUGAAGGCAAAAGCAUACAACCCGGACGUUAUCAUUGGACCCCCAUGUCAAGAAGGAAUGCGAAUGGUCGCGCAACUGUGUGCUUAUUGGAAUUUACCAGUAUUUUCGUGGUACACACCCAGUAUAGAGUUUGAUAAUGCCCAGACUUUCCCAACAUUGAUCCGGAUGUAUCCCUCACUGAGCGCAAUGAGUACGUCAUUGCUACACCUGUUACGUCAGAACAAAUGGAGCAAGUUUGUCCUGAUCUAUGACGAUAGCAGACCAUGGACGCUAUAUGAGGAUGCAGUUCGCGACACCAUGGCAACCGCAGAGGUGAACAUGAUUAGCUCGCAUGGUGUCAAUUCAACAAUCUCAGAUUCUGAUCUUGUCAAAUUAUUUAAACAUAUAAAGACAUAUUCAUGGAUUGUCGUAUUCGCCUGUCCUUGGACAGAUUUAAGACGUUACAUGUUGGCAGCCGAACAGGCGGGAAUGGCAUUUGGUAACCAUGUCUUUAUACAGCUUGAUCAUCAGUCGUAUUCAGAGAAGACAUUAGAAUCAGCGGUCCUUUCAAAUCAGCGAUGGAUGAGAGGAGAUGCUAAAGAUCAAGUAGCCAAACGGGCUUAUCAGUCAUUAAUACAUAUUCUGCGAGACCCUAUGAAUGAUGACGCUGUACCAACACAUGCGUUGCCACGCAACCGACAUGGUGAGUUUGUCCGUAUGGCUGCCGGAGGUUCAAACAUAAAGAUCCCCGGCUGGACACUCCCACCUAGUGGACAGCCGGAUGUCUACUCAUUGUACUUAUAUGACGCCGUGCUGAUGUGGUCUGUCCUGGUUGAGAAGGUAUUUACAGCUGGCAAAAACCACAAAGAUGGCAAACUUAUUGCGGAUGAGGCACGGCACUUUUUAGCUGACGGAGCAUCAGGCUUUCUUUCUAUGACUGAUAAUUUAGAUAGAAUUGGUAAACUUUUUAUCUUGUACAUGGAGAAGGAUGGAACAUUUAAACCUUCACAAAUACUCAAGUUUAAUGCAACAGAUGGAUACGAUGUCAUCAAUCUAAAGCCAAUACAGGACCAAAUCAGGUAUCAUGGUGGCCAGGCAGAACCAUCAAUAAAUCAUAUUACACUAAGUCCGGUUACCGAGGCAACCACAUACAGACCAACAUCUUUCUCUGUACCGACUUCAAUGCCACCAACAAUACCAUCAACAAUGUCACCAACAAUGUCAUCAAUUUCUUACCCAGUAUCAACAAAGUCUACAAAUGUAGCUUUUACAGCAGCGCCACCUGGCCAAUCCUCCGAUUCUCUUAUAAACCGGUUACUAGCAAAGGUUCAAGAGUUAGAAAAGUCCAUAAAACGGCACGAGAUUCACGCUCACAGUCAUAUACCAGACCACACCCACACUCCUCACCCACUUGUGGCUCGUUUAACAUCAACACCAUAUCCUUUUAUGACGGCAAAUGCAUCAACUAAGAAACCUUCAUCUAACAACCCAAAGCCAUCACAUGCUCAUGUUCCUAAUCAACCGUUUGUCCCCGCACCUGUUCAACCUGCAAAUGACAUCUAUGCUACAACUGAUCUGUCCGUAGGAGUGAAACAUGAAAAAGUAAUAAAAACAAAUGCUGCUGUAACUGAAAUUAACCCAGUUAACCAAGGAGCUGGCUUCUUACAUUGGCAUCCUCAUCCUGUACAAGACCAGCACAGCCAUGGACAGCCAGGACAUGUACCAGGAGUUGUUGAAGGUCACGCACAUGUUGCAGUCACAAAUAGACCUCCCCCACCACGACCACCAACUGUUCAAACAACAGCAGCCCCUACUGUACUAACAACUUUACCGCACACAACUACUUCAACCGCUCCUCCAACACAAGCUCCGGAUGCUAAUGCUGCGGUGGCCAAUGGAUACAUGGACGAUGCGAUGAUUAACAGACUAACUGCAAGAAUUGUAGAUCAUUUGACUGGUACGACGACGAAUACAAAUUAUACUAACAGUCAAGAAAAUCAAAUAGUGAAUGACUGGUUAUCAAAUGGUUUAGAAGAACUUCCACCAGGCAUUCUUCUGGCGAUCCAAGCUGCACAUAACAAUAGGUUAUUGCAACAACAAAACUUUAGACACUACAGGCACCCUAUUAACAAACAGCAGACUCAAAAUGCGCAUAAUAAUUACAACAAUCAAUUACCAGCGGAUUACGCACCAGUUCAACAAUGGCGACCACCUGUUUUUAGAGACCCUCUUGCUGAAGUACUAGAUCCUUUACUUUGGACCGCUCCUUUGUGGUAAAACGCUUUUUUAUGCUACAUAUAUCAUGUAAUAAUUUUAUGUACCAUAUCAAACGGUUACAGAAAAAGAAAAAAUAGAAAUGAUGUUACAUAUAUUUAUAAUAUAAUUGUUAAAAACAG